CAAAGCCCUAGAUCCCUUCUAGGGUUUUGAGCAGGCUCUAGGGUUCUUGCGCGCGGCGGAGGGGGCGAGGAGGAGGAUCGAUCAGCAAUGGUCCAUGUCUGCGUCUACCGCAACUAUGGGAAAACUUUCAAGAAGCCGCGGCGGCCAUUCGAGAAGGAGCGCCUGGACGCGGAGCUCAAGCUGGUGGGCGAGUAUGGGCUCCGGAACAAGCGAGAGCUGUGGCGCGUCCAGUAUGUCUUGAGCCGGAUCCGCAAUGCGUCGCGACACUUGCUCACGCUGGACGAGAAGAACCCACGCCGGAUCUUUGAGGGAGAGGCGCUGCUGCGGCGGAUGCAUCGCUAUGGGCUGCUCGAGGAGGGGCAGAACAAGCUCGAUUACGUCCUGGCUCUCACUGUGGAGAACUUCCUUGAGCGCCGGCUGCAAACUCUGGUCUUCAAGGCGGGCAUGGCCAAGUCGAUCCAUCACGCUCGCGUUCUCGUCAGGCAAAGGCACAUCAGGGUCGGGAAGCAAAUGGUGAAUGUUCCAUCGUUUCUGGUUCGUGUGGAAUCUCAGAAGCACAUCGAUUUCGCACUGACAAGCCCGUUUGGAGGCGGCGGUCCAGGGCGUGUCAAGAGGAAGAACACGAAGGCCGCGUCUAAGAAGGCUGCAGGGGGUGGCGAUGGAGACGAAGAAGAAGAGGAGUAACAAUGUGAAUCUUCUUUUAACUAAGAGUUUUGGUUUAUCCUUUCUCGCAAAUUAAAUUUUCCAGUUGAGCUUCAACAGGGAAGUAGAUUUUAAAUAUAGCUGGUUUGUCACCCACUAUAAAGUUUUGGGUGCUUUUGUAA